GAAUGCGGUAAACGUAGUCGCCAGGGCAACGCUCAUAUAAAAGUGAGGUUAGACCGUUAAUACGUUAUUCUCUUACAUCGACCCCUUAGUUGUCGAACUGUGAGAUCUCACCGCGAAGACAUUUUUCUCACCCGGCCGAGCAACAUAACCAGAAACAAUGCGUGAGUGUAUCUCUAUCCACGUUGGUCAGGCUGGUGUCCAGAUCGGCAAUGCAUGCUGGGAGCUCUAUUGUCUUGAGCAUGGCAUUCAGCCGGAUGGCCAGAUGCCCAGUGACAAGACCAUUGGUGGAGGUGAUGAUUCCUUCAACACCUUCUUCAGUGAAACUGGAGCAGGAAAGCACGUACCCAGGGCUGUGUUUGUAGAUCUGGAGCCCACUGUAAUUGAUGAGGUUCGCACUGGAACUUACCGUCAGCUGUUUCACCCCGAGCAGCUCAUCACAGGAAAGGAAGAUGCUGCUAAUAACUACGCUCGUGGCCACUACACCAUCGGUAAAGAAAUCAUUGAUUUGGUACUGGACAGGAUUCGCAAACUGGCUGACCAGUGCACAGGCCUCCAAGGUUUCUUGGUCUUCCACAGCUUUGGUGGUGGAACCGGUUCUGGCUUCACCUCUCUGCUGAUGGAGCGCCUCUCUGUUGACUAUGGCAAAAAGUCCAAACUAGAGUUCUCCAUCUACCCAGCCCCUCAAGUCUCUACUGCUGUGGUCGAACCCUACAACUCCAUUUUGACCACCCACACCACACUAGAGCACUCUGACUGUGCCUUCAUGGUAGACAAUGAGGCCAUUUAUGAUAUCUGCCGUAGGAAUCUCGAUAUCGAGCGUCCUACUUACACCAACCUCAACAGGCUCAUCGGACAGAUUGUGUCCUCCAUCACAGCCUCUCUCAGGUUUGAUGGUGCCCUCAAUGUCGAUCUUACCGAGUUCCAGACCAACUUGGUGCCCUACCCUCGUAUUCACUUCCCAUUGGCUACAUACGCCCCAGUGAUCUCCGCAGAGAAGGCUUACCAUGAGCAGCUCUCUGUUUCUGAAAUCACUAAUGCUUGCUUUGAGCCAGCCAAUCAGAUGGUGAAAUGCGACCCACGUCACGGCAAGUACAUGGCUUGCUGUUUGCUUUACCGUGGCGAUGUGGUACCCAAAGAUGUGAAUGCUGCAAUUGCCACCAUUAAGACCAAGCGCACCAUCCAGUUUGUGGACUGGUGCCCAACUGGUUUCAAGGUUGGUAUCAACUACCAGCCACCCACUGUGGUUCCAGGCGGUGAUCUGGCUAAAGUACAGAGGGCUGUGUGCAUGCUGAGCAACACCACAGCUAUUGCUGAGGCCUGGGCUCGUCUGGAUCAUAAGUUUGAUCUGAUGUAUGCCAAGCGUGCUUUUGUUCACUGGUAUGUGGGUGAGGGUAUGGAGGAGGGAGAGUUCUCAGAGGCUAGAGAGGACAUGGCUGCCCUGGAGAAAGAUUAUGAGGAGGUUGGUGUUGAUUCAGUUGAGGGUGAAGGAGAGGAGGAAGGAGAGGAAUAUUAGAAAAUCAUGAUCUAAGAAAGUCGGCCAGUACAAAAUAAAACCUCACAACAAAUACAAAUGACAUUGUUACAUCUCUGAACAAAUAAAGCUCCUUUUCAAUCUUAAUAA